UAUAAAAAUUAUAACAAGAAAUAAAAAAGACUGUGUAUUGUUAACCGAUAUUAAAAUUAUAGUCACAAUACAACAAAACACACAAAUCAAUCAAUCAACUAGAAAACGAAAGAAAAAAAAUAAAAAUCAAAACCAAUAAACAAAAAAAAUAUCUAGCUUAGCUAUACUCUUUUAUCAAUAUAAUUUUUAUUGGGCGUAUACAGAUGUGUAUAUGUACGUAUAUGUAUGUAUGUAUGUAUAAACACAAAACAAUAUUGUUACUUAACUUCAAUGUGUUUAAUUAAAUUUUAUAUUUUUUUUGUAUUAAAAUUAAAAUUAAAAUUAAAGAAGUGUUAUUUUUGAUUAAUUUUUAUUUUUAAAUAAAAUUCUCGAUAAAGUGAAAAAUUCUCGAAAAAAAAAAUUCGGACAUUAAAUAAAAUUUAUAUACAUACACAUACACUUAAAAUAUAAUUUACAAUGAAUUAUAUAUACUACAUAGUAGAUUACGGACAAAGAGUCCCAACAGCAGCAUCACCUAGUAACACUAACUCAAGCAGCUCCUCAAAUACCGGCUCUCAGAGUGGAACAUUAAGUACUAGUCUUAGUAAUACCAAUACAAAUACAACAAUGGGUCCUAAUGGUACACAACAACAAGGAGAGCAAUUAUCUAAAACGAAUUUGUAUAUUAGGGGCUUACAACAAGGCACAACUGAUAAGGAUUUAGUUAAUAUGUGUGCGCAAUAUGGAACCAUUAUAUCAACGAAGGCUAUCUUAGAUAAAACAACAAACAAAUGUAAAGGUUAUGGAUUUGUGGACUUUGAGUCACCAGCUUGUGCUGAAGGUGCAGUUAAGGGUCUUCAAGCGAGAGGUGUUCAAGCUCAGAUGGCCAAAGUGGGUAUCUGGGUGCUACAUAGGCCGGCCAUUCAACAAGAACAAGAUCCAACAAAUUUGUAUAUUGCAAAUUUGCCACCACAUUUUAAGGAGACAGACUUAGAAAAUAUGCUUUCAAAAUAUGGACAAGUAGUAUCGACUAGAAUUUUAAGAGAUCAACAAGGAAAUUCCAAAGGAGUUGGUUUUGCACGAAUGGAAAAUCGUGAAAAAUGCGAACAUAUUAUACAAAUAUUCAAUGGUAAUCAGAUACAGGGUGCCAAAGAUCCAUUAUUGGUUAAAUUUGCUGAUGGUGGUCCAAAAAAGAAAAAUCCAUUUAAAAGCCCUGAUCAAACAACAAGAUCUUGGCGUGAUGUUACCGCUGAAGGUAUACCAGUUGCAUAUGAUCCAACAACAAUGCAACAAAAUGGUGUUAGCGUUAAUCUUGGUACACCGAUACCAUAUACAGCAGCAAGAUUUGGUGCACCACCAGUUGGUAGUUAUCCAAUACCAAGCUCACCAUGGAUUGGUAGCUAUAUGAUGACACAACCAAUUGCUCAAGUAGAUGAUCAGUACAUGCAAAUGGCUGCACCACAACUAGGAGUUACUUCAGCCUAUAAACCAGAUCCGGCUGUAGCUCAAGUUCAACCACGUGGUAUAUCAAUGAUGGUUAGCGGUGAUGGAGUGCCAUAUGGAGCUAUGAUGCCACAAUUAGCAACACUACAAAUUGGAAACUCCUACAUUAGUUCAACGUAUCCAUAUUAUCCACCAGCGAUAAUUCCAACAAUGCCAAUGGCUGAUUCAGAACAAGCAAGUACAGCUGCAUCACCUGAUGAAGCAUAUACACAAUAUCCACAUCCAGCUGCGCCUAAAUAGGUCGAUGAAAGGUUUAAUCACCAAAUACCUCAUUUCUUACAUCCAAUAAAGGUGAUUGUCUAAAAUUUCGCUGCAGAUGGAUCCAAAAUUCUCUAAAAUAAAUGCUUCAAACAAAACUUAAAAAAAAAUCACAAUAAAAAAAAACCAUUUUUUUUUU